AUGAGAUCUGUGCCCUUUGGGUCAGGCACCAGCAGUAUGUCGGAAGCGCAGGCCUUCUCCUCGCCUCGUCAAACUUUUCAUCAGCUUCCAAGCGUAUACCUGGAACUACUCCAGAGACGUUCUCUUGAAGACCAGGUUGAACUUUGGUGGUUCAGAGAGCCACGUCGGUCCCUCGUGUGCUACUGCGCUUCGGUUGCCCUCAUAUUAGGUUUAGGCCUUGGUGGCGUCGGCUUCCUCUCCGCCAGGAACUCUGACGUGUCCGCCGAGUGGCGUCUUGGAGUGGGCACUGCGCUGUGUCUCCUCUCCCUGGCAGUUCUGCUCAAGCAGCUUCUCAGCUCCGCCAUCCAGGACAUGAACUGUGUGCACAGCCAGCGCGGAAUUGAGCUGCUGAAGAGCGGCGGACGGGCAGACCCUCCGCUCAUCUUGCUCGUGGGUCUGGCGGUGAUGCUGUGUGGGACUGUUUUACUGUGCGUGGCAACAAUCGGUGGCGGGGAUGUGUCAGUAUUUGGUUUAGUGCUGAUAGCCGCGGGACUUGGCAUGACUCUGGCUGUAGUGGGGUACAGUGUGCUAGUUUUCAUGAAGAGAAGACGGGAGCGCACUAGGAGGAUGACCCGGAUGAGAGCUGUUCGGAGAGGGGGGACGAAUGUCCGUGCGUUUUCUGUCACAGGAAGACAUAUGAACCAGAUUGGGAGAGAGACGGCCACCAGUAGAAUCAGCCUGAUCUAA